AUUAAAGUGGCACGUCAUCAAACACGACGAUGCCCAAAUCCCCUCAUCGCUGAUCUCGACGAUUCCAUCGAUCGAUUCCAUCGAUCGAUCUCCUCGUUCGACCACCGCUCGCCUUGCCUCUCUGACGAGUCUUCGAUUAGCUUCGACUACGCCCAUUUUGCUUGCCUCUCUGGCUGAGAAUAAACCAUACCAUGGCCGUUGAUGGUGAUUAUGAUGAAAGAAGAGAGGACAUAUCACCUAAUAAAGAUAACAUGAGCGGAAGAGCUACUGCUUGGGAGGUUCUACCAAGAGUUGAACAUGAUGUGGCAUAUUCUUCUGAAAAGGCACAGAACCUGGAGAUGCUUUCGAUACAAGUUGAAGAUGUAGCAAGUGAUUAUUUAGCUCUGAGUAUGGAGAAUGAGGAAGAACUCUCAGCUGAGACUGUUGAGAAAGCCUUUGAAUUUUAUAUUUUGUCUGGUUUAUUGAACUCAGAGGUCAAAGAGCUUGAUGAUUUUGUGGGUUCUCUCCAAGUUGAUAUCAUGGAUGUGGGGCAACAACUUUCAGAGAAUGUGCAGUCUGAAGAUCUUUCCUCAAAAAUAGAAGAAAAGCUGCAAGGUUUUGAAAAAUCUUUAAAGAAGACGCAGGAUAUAGUUGCUGACAUAAGAAUGCGCUCUGUCAAGUUUGAAAGUGACCUGGCCUUUGCUGGGUUUGGAACUUGUACUGGUGCUGAUAUUGAAAUGGAUAUUAGUGCACACUCAUCUGUAAAUACUGAUUGGAAGGAGCAAAAGGAUGAGCAAAGACACUUUCUACAAAUGUUAGAGAAAUCUUUGGCCAGGGAACUAGAUCUUGAGAAGAAGCUGUCUGAAUCCACACAUAAUGAAGAUGAACUCAAAUUGAAAUUGCAUUAUGCUGAGCAGACAAUAUACAACUUGGAAGAAUCAGUUGAAAUGAUUCUCCAAAGAACGUUUGAAGCUGAAAAUGCAGCUGAAAUACUUCUUGGGAUUUCAAGAGAACUUUCAGGAAAAGUCCAGAUUGUGCAGUUAAGUUUAAAAGGUUCAAUCUUUGAGGAGGGUAAGCUGAGAUCUAAGUUGGAGGAGAGCGCAAAAAAGUCACAUGCUGAAGAGUUACAGGAAGGUGAUUUGAAAGCUAACCUUCAAAAGGCUGAGGAUGAAAACAAACUUACCAAUUUUGAGGCCUUAUCUUUGAGAGAUAAGGUAAGAAAGCUUGAGGAACAGUUAAAGGAAUCUAAUACUCAGCUGCAGAUAGCAAAGGGCUCUGCUGAAUCAAGUUGUGAGCGACGAAAUAAUUUAAAUGCUGAAAUCAGUGACAUGGAAAAUACAAUCAAGUGUCUCAAAGAAGAUGUUUUGAGACUAGAAAGCCGGGCAGAGAGUGCUGAAGAGAAGUGUGCACAAGUAACAAAAAUUAAUCACGAACUUGAUGAACAACUCAAGUUACUUAGGAGUAGUGAAUCAGAGAAUGCAAAUGUUUUAGAGAGAAAGCUAAAGGAAUCAGAUACACGAUUGGAGCAUGCAAAGGCCUCUGUUGAGGCAAUUGAGGAACAACAGAGUAUGUUAUAUUCUGCUCUCAGUGAUAUGGGAAAUUUGAUUGAUGAUCUUAAAGGAAAAGUUUCAAAGGCUGAAAGUAGGGCUGAGAGUGCUGAAUCUAAGUGCAAUCUACUUACGGAAACUAAUUUGGAACUAAAUGAGGAGUCGCGUUUCCUGAGGAAUAGGCUAGAAUGUAUGGAGGCAUCUUUGAAUCAGGCAGAAGAUGCAAGAUUAGCAGCCGCGAAGGACAUUGGUAUCAGAACUAAAUUCAUUAGUGACCUCGUUAUAAAACUGGCCAUGGAAAGAGAACGUNUUAAAAAGGGGCUUCACAGCAAAAAACCAAUUUCUUGUGCGAAAAAGCCUAUUGACGGCACCUUUUUUUUUGUUUUAUACUCUUCUCCCUCCCUCUUUUUUCUCCCCAAAAUAUCCUCAUUAUCGACCUCUCAUCUCUUCACCCUCUUCAACCUCUCACCUCUUUGCUUUUCUUCACCCUCAUCCUCCACCUCUUGCCACCCUUUGGCUCCUCCUCCUCCUCAAACUUUAUCUUUUCUCUCCUCUCUCUCCCUCUUCCAUCUCCAUGUCCAUCCACUUAUCUUGUCCUCUCUCCUCCUCUAGGCCUCUUCCACCUCC